UUGCUGAGUAAACUGAGUUUAGUCGAACACCGGAAGAAAGUUCAGGAAGACUUCCGAGUAGCAGCGAUCGUUUCUGGUAAGAGGAGGAAGAAGAGUGAAAAUUCACUUAAAAUGGGUUUCGUUAAAGUGGUGAAAAACAAGGCCUACUUCAAGAGAUAUGAAGUCAAAUUCAGGAGGAGGAGAGAGGGGAAAACGGACUUCUUCGCCCGUAAACGCCUCGUUGUGCAGGACAAGAACAAGUACAACACUCCGAAGUACAGGAUGAUUGUCAGGUUGUCCAACAGGGAUAUCUGCUGCCAGAUCGCCUAUGCAAAGAUUGAAGGAGACCAUGUUGUGUGUGCUGCUUACUCUCAUGAGCUGCCCAAAUAUGGGAUAACUGUAGGCCUCACUAACUACGCUGCAGCCUACUGCACUGGGCUCCUACUGGCUCGUCGGCUGCUGCACAAGUUUGGCAUGGAUAAUGUAUACGAGGGCCAGGUGGAGGUGACAGGCGACGAAUUCAACGUAGAGAAUGUGGACGGGCAGCCAGGCGCCUUCACAUGUUACCUGGAUGCAGGUCUGGCCAGAACCACAACAGGGAACAAGGUGUUUGGAGCCCUGAAAGGAGCAGUCGAUGGAGGACUGGCCAUCCCCCACAGUAUGAAACGCUUCCCUGGUUAUGACGCAGAGAGCAAAGAGUUCAACGCGGAGGUGCAUCGGAAACACAUCAUGGGCAUGAACGUGGCCGACUACAUGUCCUACUUGAUGGAGGAGGAUGAGGAGGUCUACAAGAAACAGUUCUCUCGCUUCAUCAAGAACGGAGUCACGCCAGACACAGUGGAAGAAAUGUAUAAAAAAGCACACGCCGCCAUAAGAGCGAACCCCAUACACGAAAAGAAACCUAAAAAAGACGUCAAGAAGAAGAGAUGGAAUCGCGCCAAGUUAUCCCUGGCUCAGAGGAAGGACCGCAUCGCCCAGAAGAAGGCCAGCUUCUUACGAGCACAAGAACAAGAAGCAGGGGACGGUUAGGGGCCCCAUAACAAUGCUACACCCAUCACAGACUAAUAAAUUUAUUACAAACUCAA